AUGAGAGCGAUUUGGCGUUUGCAAUCCUGUAACAACGCUUCAGUAUCUAUACGCAAGAACAUACAUUUUCCAACAUUACCACUUAGAUUAUUCCCCUUCCAGCGAUCUAUAUCCGCAACGUCUCAUACUUUUAUUUCUAGUAGACGUUUUACAUCUCGGACUUAUCAUCAGCAAGCAGUCAUGUCUGAACCAAGAGCCGAAGAUGCGUCAAAGCCCGUCAAGACAAAGACGGAGGAACUACCCCCGUUGUCUGACCAUGACUUUAAGGCUUAUAACCGACUAGCUGUUCAUAUGAACUACUUUCACGAUAACUUCCGAAGAUCAUGGAAUCUCUUAUGGAAUGCAUGCACAAACAACCGCAGACCUCAAAGCAUGUCCCUCAAACAGUUCAUUAUGGAAGGCCUGCAAUUCGCUGAACAUCUCACUGUACACCACAAUAUUGAGGAGACAUAUGUCUUUCCCAUCCUUGCCAAGAAGAUGCCCGAGUUUCGCGGCGGACGCGCCGAGCUGUUGCGCCAGCAUAAGCAGAUACACGCGGGCCUGGACGGGUUCGAGGAAUAUCUCAAGAAGUGCCGUACCGGAGAUGAGGAGUUUGAGCUGAGCGUGCUCAAGACCAAGAUGGAGUCGUGGGGUGAGGUCCUCUGGACUCACUUGGAUCAGGAGGUUGAGACUCUUGGUGCCAACAAUAUGAGAAAGUAUUGGACCAAAGAGGAGAUAGCGAGGAUCCCUAUGUAA